UUUUGCGGUUGCGGAUCCGAGUCGAGCUACUGCUGCUGCGUUCUCACAGAUCACCGUCAAUCCAGCGUCUGAUUUCACUCUGAAAACGGUCCAAAUAAACCGAUAAAAUGUCGGAUUUUGACAGUAACCCCUUCGCGUACCCGGACUUUAGCAACCCGUUUCAGGAUCCGUCCGUGACGCAAGUAACGCGGACUGCCCCUCCUGGCUUGGAGGAGUAUAACCCUUUCACAGACUCGAAGCCGGUCCCACAAGGCGCUGGUCAUAAAUCAGUCCCACCUACAACUAACACACAGCCGGCCAUCAUGAAGCCCACCGAAGAGCCGCCAGCGUACACCCAGCCUCAGCAAACACAGGAUCCGGUGCGAGCCCAGGCGGAGUUAUUGAGAAGACAGGAGGAGCUGGAGAGAAAAGCUGCCGAGCUGGACCGCAGGGAGAGAGAGAUGCAGUCUCUGAGCGCGUCGGGAGGGAGGAAAAACAACUGGCCACCCCUCCCAGAGAAGUUCCCUGUGGGACCGUGUUUCUAUCAUGACAUAUCAGUGGACAUCCCAGUGGAAUAUCAGAAAACCAUUAAGAUCAUGUACUAUCUCUGGAUGUUCCACACGGGGACGCUGUUCGCAAAUAUUUUCGGCUGUCUGGCGUGGUUCUGUGUAGACGCAUCGAGGGGAGUGGAUUUUGGGUUGGCCAUGCUCUGGUUCAUGUUAUUCACACCCUGUUCAUUUGUCUGCUGGUACAGACCUCUUUAUGGAGCGUUCAGGAGCGACAGCUCAUUUAGGUUCUUUGUAUUCUUUUUCAUCUAUAUCUGCCAGUUUGGCGUCCAUGUGCUACAAGCCAUCGGCAUUGCAGGUUGGGGAGCCAGCGGUUGGAUCUCAGCGCUGACGGGUCUCAACACCAGUAUUCCCGUCGGGAUUAUCAUGAUCCUGAUCGCUGCUCUCUUCACAGCCUCGGCUGUCAUCUCUCUCAUCAUGUUUAAAAAGGUCCAUGCGCUGUACCGGACCACCGGCGCCAGCUUCGAGAAGGCGCAACAGGAGUUCGCCACCGGCGUCAUGGCCAAUAAGACGGUGCAGACCGCCGCCGCUAACGCUGCUUCCAGCGCUGCUUCCAACGCUGCCCGGGGAGCCUUCAAAGAGCAGAUCUGAUUGGUCCAGAGAGCUUAGACCCGCCCCUGCUCCGUCCAAGCUACUCUGACCCCUCCCGCCCCCUCCUCGUUCCUCCUAACUGUACUUACAGUCGUACAUAAGCUGCGACUGGCUGGUCAAGACCACACCGCUCACAUUGACUCAAUGCACUCCUGUGACUGACUGAGACCCCGGCCCCUCCCCUCACGUCAAUCAGCAGGUGUGCGCGCCUGAUCUUUCAUUUGAGUGUGUGUGUGGAAUGCCUACCUACUCUCGAGUGUGUGCUUAUGUGCGCGUAAACAACCAAGUCGUCACUUUGUACGUUCACAUCACUGUUGGAUGUCCGUUCGCCCCUGUUGUGCUGAAAAAGAAAACAGGAAGUGAUGUUAUCAGGUGUCCUUUUAUGGAUCCAAGAAGAUAAGAGAGGUUUUCUUGCCCUCACAGGUCCAUCUUGCCGAUCUGCUUUAAAACAAACACAAUGGCUGAAAAACAGCCAAUUAUUUAUUUCAGGAAAUUGUGACUGUUGUCAUUGCAUUGUAACUUAUGACGGAUUCAUACAUUUCCCCGGGUCUUGAUUUGCAAAGUUAAAUGUAAGGAUUGAUCGGGUGGUUAAAAAUAUAUGACGACGGAUGCUUCAUAGUACUGAAAACAAUGUUCAAACUCUUAAUGUCAAUAGUACUUAAUAAUAAUUUAUUUGACUUUGGAAAUGAAAUUGGCCCAAUCAUUUCUUCAGCGGAUAUCUCUAACUUUCGUGAGAGAAGUUGUCAAGAACUUUGUGCUGCGAAUGAGCCGGCACUGGAGUAUCUAACAGAUCCACACACAGCUCAGAGGGUCUCUAUACCUGUACAUAUAUAAAUAUAUAUAUAUAUAUAUAUAAACCUGUAUGAUGACAAAGUAUUGAUUGGUUUUAAACCUGUGAAUGAUUCUGAAAGCUUCCUGGUUUCUUUUCGUAACAGAAUUGUUUUGGAAUGUUAACACAAAGGUAAAGCACUCAGGAUGAUGUGAUCCUGCACAUGCAUGGGAAGCCUGCUGACCUGUAGACCGGCUCUGCCAGUCUUACGUACCUAAACUGGAGAAAACACUUUAAUGAGGAUAAAAAUAGAAAACCAAUCUUUGCAUCACACCGCCCUAACUGCACAUCACUGAAGACACGUGGUGUGUGAUGUGUAAGACUGUGGCGUGUUGGGCCGGAUCAGUACCGUUAGAUCAGACCAGCUGAUGUUGGAUUCUUAAUGCACUUUAGUCGGGUAGACAGUGUUGUAUUAAAAUCAAAGCAGUAAUUGAGGUUUUAUAAAGGGUUUCUCCAGAAAUUUGUUCGGAAUGUGGCAUCUGCCCUGACUAAAGCUCAACGUGUUACAAAUUCAAUUGUCCUUCAUCAUGUGUCUUUGGUUUGUUGUUUUGUCUCUGUAGAUGUGCAGAUGUGCUUGCGUUUGAAAUUGUUUUUCUCACUUGAGUGGAGCAGAGAACCUUUGUAGCCUUGGUUACUGUCACCAAGAGACGGCCAAGUUUUGUAAUUAUGGGAUAUGCAUCAAGAUGGAAAUGUAUCAUGAUGUUAACCUUUCAGUGUGCGUGUGUUCCUCACCCAUGUUCAGUGUCGAGUUUGUUUAAAAUGUUUCUGCCUUAUGACUUCAAGGACAAGUUCACCCAGGACUUCUGUCAUCAUUUUCUCAUCCUCGUGUCAUUCCAAAUUCGUAUCUCUCUGUCAUGGAACACAAAAGACAUUUUCAGAUUUUUUUUAACAUCUGAUGAGUGUCAUGUUUUAAUUUUCUUCAUCUUUAUUUCAUUUGUACACUCCUUUAUUGUGUGACACUGCAAGUCGUUCUUCCUUUUAUAAAUAAAUUUCACCUGAAUGGCACCUGAAUGUCCUUCUAUUUUCAGCUGUUUUGAAAUACUUUCUUGGACACAAAAAAGACAAACUCAUAGACUGACCCGUGACCUCUCGUGUGUGGUGCAAUGCAUCGUGGCUUUAAGGGGUCUCUCUCUUUUUGAAUGAGUGAUGUUAGGGAUCUUAGUUGAAACACUGAUACAUGAGAAACGGAUUGAGGAGAGGCAGCACUGGUUAUAUUAUGACUCUUGAGCGUGAAAUCUGAUGUUAUUUAAUGCAGAAUCGAGGGAUAUUUGUAUAUUUUGUACAACUAAAGGAAGGAGGCCUGUUGUCCUUAAUUUCAUCGUACUGUACAAACGCACUCGCGUCUCUCCUGUAGUCGCAUGUUGAGUAGUUUGAGUUUUGUAUUUAUUGUAUUAACACAAAAAUAAAAUAAAAAACAACAGCGAAACCUGUGUUUUAUUGAUUU